AUGACGACUGUAAGCACCGUGACAACGACUAUCAUCCUCGAAGCGGAGAAACCACAAUCUAUCCCGCUCGAGACGGUGAAAUACACCGAUCUCCUAGAGAAAGAUGCCCUCGAAACCUCUAAACUCCUCCGAUCCUGCCAAAGCCCCGGAUUCUUCUACCUGGACAUAUCCGGCAACAAUGCUUAUUUCAACGGCGACGCCUAUCUCGAAAACAUCCAAUCGCUGUCUCAACAGCAAGAAGAAUACUUUUCUCUACCCUUCCACGCCAAAAUGAAAGACUAUGUCAAUUUCCCUGCUGAAAAGGGAUACCAGUACUCCCCAGACAGCGAGACAUUCGACGUACCCUACAGUUCAUUCCAAGAGGAUGAUGUGCCAUCUCCUCUAGAUGCUUUGUCGAUAUAUUUCAUGAUGGCACAUACACAUGCGAUUGCAACCAAUCUUAUUCGCAGUCUAUCGCCAUUCAUCGGCAACGAAGAUGUCCGGAAAUAUGUAACCUCCAUGCAUGAUGAAAACGACAUAUCGCGCUCCGGGAUGAGAUUAGAGAAUUUCAUGGCGGAGGAGAAGGAAAAAUUGGGAUAUAUCUAUGGCCCGGGGUGUACUGAUGGAGGAUCGCUUUCACUGCGGUAUUGUGAGGAGGCGAUGAUCGAGUAUUUGGACGUGGAGACUGGGGGCUGGGCAUAUAUCGAGCCUCGCAGGGAUUGUCUGGUUGUAAAUGUGGGGGAUUUGUUAUGUGCAGCUAGUAAGGGUCAGUUUCGGGGGCCGCUGCAUCGUGUGGGACACCCGUUGAUUGGAGUUGAAGAUCGCAAGUGUGUAACGUAUCAUUUAUGGCCUACAGAUGGCGUAGUAGAUAAUAUUCAUUAA